UCUCCCGGGAUCCCACUGAUCCCUGUGGGAUCCCCUGUCUGGAACCACGUGGUCUGAGCCCCUCCGGGGUCUCAGCUCCGGGAUCCCGCCAUGGAGGAGGUGGAGUCGCGUUUCCUGCACCUGCUCCAGCCCAUCCGGGACCUCACCAAGAACUGGGAGGUGGACGUGGCUGCCCAGCUCGGGGAGUACCUGGAGGAGCUGGAUCAGAUCUGCAUCUCCUUCGACAACGGGAGAACCACCAUGAACUUCACGGAGGCGGCGCUGCUGAUCCAGGGCUCUGCCUGCGUCUACAGCAGGAAGGUGGAGUACCUGUACAUGCUUGUCUGCCAGGCACUUGACUGCAUUUCCAAUAAAAAGAGGGAGAAGCUGCCCACCUCCCUGAGGCCCGAUGGCCGGGAUGCCGAUGCCACCUUCACAGACAGGGUGGAGCAGCAGUUCCUGUCCCUGGAUGACAUCGAGGACACCAGCCCGGCCAGCGUGGACAUGAGCAGGAACCAGCAGCCCAGCGCUGUGAAGGUCAUUCCCUUGACCCCGAUGUGUCUGGUCCCCCCGGAAGAGAUGGAGAAGAAGGAAAACCCCCUGUUGAGCCUGAGAGGGGAGGUCCUGGCGAGCCGGAAGGAUUUCCGGAUGAACACCUGCACCCCCCACGCCACGGGAGCGUUCCUGCUGGAGCUGGCUGGGCUCUCCCCCACACACCUGGGGAGCCCCAGGAGAGCCACAGGAGCUCCGGGAUCUGGUCCCGUCUUGGAGCAUCCCAGUGCCAGCGUGGCUCCAAUCCGGGCACUGAGCUUCUCUGAGGAGGCAGGUGCUGCAGGACCAGAUGAUGACAACGACAUUCCCGGGGCCCUGGGGGACGACGUGGAAAUGACUCUGGCCCCGAAUGAACACGUCGAGGCACAGAGGAGUUCACCCUGGCCACGGGGAUACGUCCUGAGGGAGAAACCCCCCAGCCAGGACCCCAGAGCCCACAGCAAGGAGGUGCCGGAUCCGUGGCAGAGCCUCGACCCCUUCGAAGAAUCCGAGGAGAAGCCGUUUAGGAAAGGGAGGCCCUUCCUGGUGUCCCGCGGCCUGGACGACGUGGUGGGAGGCAAGAGGAAGAGGAGGGGCCCGAGGAAGCUCCAGGACUUUGCGAGUUGGUUCUCUGCAGCCUACUACAACGUCAGAGACAGCCGGAAAACCAGGAGGAAGGGCCCCACCUUCGCAGACCUGGAGGUGCUGUACUGGCGGCACCAGAAGGAGCAGCUGGCAGCACUGAGGAAGCUCAAGAGCCAGGGGGAGCCGCUGUGGGAGCCGGAGCUGGAGCAGCUGGAGCAGGAGCGUGGGGCUGACUGUGACCAAGGGGCAGCAGAUGAUGAUUUUGUGGAGCACGAGGAUGUGGAGCAGGAGGAUGCGGAGCCGGAGGAGCUGGGAGAAGGAUCCCUGGACCCCCCGGAGCCGGGAUAUGAGGAGCUGGUGCGCAGGAACGUGGAGCUGUUCAUGGCCAGCUCCCAGAAGUUCGCGCAGGAGACGGAGCUGUCCCAGCACAUCCGGCGCUGGGAGGAGCGGAUGGAGCCACUGCUGCAGGAGCAGGAGGCCCGGGCGCCCUUUGACAUGCGCGGGUACGGGCUGGCACUGACGGGGCGCUGCGGGGAGCUGGGACAGUGGCACUCCCUCGCCAGCCUGGUGGCCGGGCAGCCCCCCUUCGAGGUGUGCCGGUACCUGCUGGCCUCACUGCAGCUGGCCAACGACGGGGUGGUGGAGCUGGAGCAGGACGAGGGGCUGGAGGCGGCGCUGGACACGGCGCGGCUGCGGCUGCUCACCCUGCGCCCCGCCCACGAGAGGUUCCAGGGCUUCCAGCCGCCCUCCCUCAGGGACCCCCACCCCAAAUAAA